AUGUCUCUGAAAUCUGAACCCUUGAACAUUCUGAUCGUGGGUGCUGGACUCGGUGGUCUGUUCGCAUCCUUGGCUCUGCGGCAAGAUGGACACCGAGUAACUCUUCUUGAUGCCUCUGCUGAAUUCAAAGAGGCUGGUGCGGGUAUCCGCAUCCCACCCAACAGCACUCGUCUUCUCCGCCGAUGGGGGAUCGAUUUUGACAAAAUGCGAAAAUGCCUUUGUCGAGGAUACCAUUUUCUGCGUUGGGAAGAUGGCUCGACAAUAACGAAGAUCGAAUUCGAAGACAUGGUCCCACGUCAUGGUGAACCAUAUUACCUGGUUCACCGAGCCGAUUUGCAUACAUCUUUACUAGGGGUCGCAAUCGAAGCCGGAGUUGUCGUUCAUAAGAAUCGACAUGUGACCUCCUACGACUUCAGCGUUCCAAUGGCUAUCACAGCAGAAUCCGAGAAAUGGAUGGCUGAUCUCAUCAUCUGUGCGGAUGGUAUCAAGUCCACUGCUCGACCUCUCCUAACAAGUCAGCCAGACCGUCCUCGAGACACGGGAGACGCCGCAUAUCGGAUCCUCAUACCUGGUCAGGAUCUUCUGGCCGACCCGGAUCUCGCUGGUCUCAUUACGCACCCGGCAACAACGUCGUGGUGCGGGCCAGAUGCCCACCUCGUCGGAUAUCCCAUACGAGAUGGUGAGCUGUACAACAUAGUUGUGUGUGCGACAUCGAAAGGAGAGACGACAGACGAGACUUGGGUGGUAGAGGGUGAUAACGAGGAGCUUUGCGCGCGAUUUUCCGGAUGGGAGCCCCGGGUGCAGAAGUUAUGUCGUCUGACAAAGUCCUUUAUGAAGUGGCGAUUAUGCGACCUUCCGGCCCUUUCCACGUGGACCCAUCCGUCAGGAAAGGCUUGCCUCUUGGGAGAUUCUUGCCAUCCCAUGCUACCGUAUCUGGCGCAAGGAGCUGCUCAGGCAGCUGAGGAUGCUGCCACAAUUCGCAGGGCUCUGGCCGAGGAUACCGAUAUCACGACUGCUUUAAAGCGUUAUGAGCGUAUCCGCAACCCUAGAGCGUCUUUGAUUCAGUCUAAGACGCGAGAGCACCAAUACAUCUUACAUAUUGAUGACGGUGAGGAGCAGUGCUGGCGAGAUGAGCUUAUGCGACAGGACAGUCCGUCUAGUCCAAUCUUUUGGGGAUACGAGCUUCGCCGAGGAUGGUUGUUCAGCCACGAUGCUGAAAAGAUGGAAGAGGCCACUGCAGAGCCACGUUUCAGAGAAGCUGUUCUACAAUGUAGAGGACAUGCCGAUGGGCUUAAGUUAUGA